AUUUCUGAAAGCAUUUGGUAGAAAGAAAAAAAAAACUUUGCCACUUCUUUUGUGUUUUUGGCUGACUGCCGCACUCAGUCUUACUUGUUGGGAAUGAAGGCAGGUCUCUUCUACCGGUUGCAGUCGUUCGAUAAAAUUCUUGGGGAUUUGGAUGAUUCAGCACACUACCGUAAAGUUCCGAGAGAACGCCCCCGCCCGAAACCUCGCCCACCCACCUUUUUGGACGAAAUAUAUAUUUUAAUAAAGUUCCCAAACAUCGCCCACCCCCUAAAAAUCGCAGUAGCUUCGACGCAUUCGAAAGCCCGGGAAGCCCUUGCCGCGAACAUACCUCUGGAAAAACCGAUGACUCGUCCGCAAACACCGCCAGUGACCCGAUUUCUAACAAAAGAGAAGAUCUUUUCCGGUUAGAUUGAUAAGAUAAGGGCGAACUAGAAGUGAAUCAUUCAAGACGUCCGGGUACAAAGGAAAAGAAGAAACAGCUCAAGCAAACAAACUCCACACUAGUAGACAGUCAUUCCUCUGCGUGCCCCGCAGCUGUUCACCUGCCCUCGCUUCCAGCAUCGACCAUGAGGAAUAGCUACACCAUCCAGAGAAAGGUGGAAGUUGUCCAGUGGCACAAGAAGAAUGGAGACAACGUAAGCAAAACUGCAAGACAUUUUGAGCUGGACAGGAAACGUGUUCGCGAAUGGAGCACCAACUACCAGUCCCUUCUGCAGCAGUGCCACGGCAAAAACAAAUUCAAGAGAGCCAUCAACAACGGACGGCCGGUCUUCAGCGAAGAGCUCGAUGAAGCACUCAUGGACUUCUUGGAUACCGAGCGGGCGGCGGGGCGAGCGGUGAGCAACCGCGUCCUUCAAGAGCACGCACGCAAGUUGGCGGUUCAGAUGAACCUGGGCAACUUCGAAGCUUCGAACCACUACCUGGCCCGCUGGAAAGCCCGCUUCAAUGUGUCGAUGCGAGUGGGGACGAACGAGAGUCAGAAGCUGCCGGCUGACUACGCUGACGCAAUCUCCGUCUUCCGGAGGGCUGUGGGAAGCCUGCGCCUGGAGCACAGUUACUCCAACUUUAGUAUAGCCAACAUGGACCAAACCAUGGUACGCAUGGACUGCCCAGCCAAGCGGACAAACAACGUUGCCGGCGAAUCAAGCAUCCGCAUCGUGAACACAGGCUGUGCGCGUCGUGGACUGACGGUUGCACUCUGUGCAACAGCUGCGGGCAUCAAACUCCCGGCUCUCAUCGUGCUCAAGGAACCGACGGGCCGGAUCCCGCCAAGGGCACUGUUCGCACUUCAAAUCCCAGGUAUUGUCUCAAUUUCCGCGUGCGGCCAAUGUUACUUCUGGUUUGCCCAAACAAAUUUCAGCAUAAAAAUAAGUUGAAAACAUGCACUCACGCCUUUCGCAUAAAAAAAAAAAAAAAGUUUUAGGACAGCGUUGUUUUGUGAACGAUAUAAAAAGCGCCUUCCACAUGUAUUUGUGCAUUUCUAGUAGAGGGCGCUGCAUGGGUUCGUCACAAGUUUUGUUUUUUCAUCAAUACCGUCAAUACUACGCAGCGAUGCGGCGAUGCUUUCGUGUUUGCGGCUGCUCCGGUUGUUGGUGGUUGGCUUUGCCGGAGUUUGGAAUGAAACCGAAUCUCGGCUCCUUUCAGAAAAUGUGAGAGUGACCUGUUCAAGGAACGGAUGGAUGA